CGAUCGGCUGCGAUUCCUCGCCAGAGACGGAAGGAAGUCCCGAAGCCCGCACUCGACGCUCGCCGAGCUAUCGAUCUUUUUUUUCCCAAAGCCACCCUCGCUGGUGCAGCCGUUCGUGGUGGUGUUCGGGAAGCAGCCGAAAUGUUUCGCAACCAGUAUGACAAUGAUGUCACCGUUUGGAGCCCUCAGGGGCGAAUUCACCAAAUUGAAUAUGCAAUGGAGGCUGUGAAGCAAGGUUCUGCAACUGUUGGACUAAAAUCAAAGAACCAUGCUGUUCUAGUUGCUUUAAAGAGGGCACAGUCUGAGCUGGCAGCUCACCAGAAAAAAAUCUUAUAUGUUGACAACCAUAUCGGUAUUUCAAUUGCUGGGCUUACUGCUGAUGCAAGACUUCUAUGCAAUUUCAUGCGCCAGGAGUGUCUGGAUUCUAGAUUUGUAUUUGACAGACCUCUUCCAGUGUCUCGGCUAGUAUCUCUGAUUGGAAGCAAAACGCAGAUACCAACACAACGGUAUGGCAGAAGGCCAUAUGGUGUCGGACUUCUCAUUGCAGGCUAUGAUGAUAUGGGUCCCCAUAUUUUCCAGACCUGUCCUUCUGCAAAUUAUUUUGACUGCAAAGCAAUGUCCAUUGGAGCUAGGUCCCAGUCAGCUCGAACUUACUUGGAGCGACACAUGACCGAAUUUGCUGACUGUAAUCUGAAUGAGCUAGUUAAGCAUGGACUGCGUGCCUUGAGAGAGACUCUUCCUGCAGAACAGGAUCUGACUACUAAGAAUGUUUCCAUUGGGAUUGUUGGUAAAGAUAUGGAGUUCACUAUUUAUGAUGAUGAUGAUGUAGCACCAUUCCUAGAAGGACUUGAAGAAAGACCCCAGAGAAAGACUGCUCAACCUGCUGAAGAAACUGCAGAAAAGGCUGAAGAACCAAUGGAGCACUAAUAAUUGUGCAUGCACUUCAGACACAGGAAUGCCAGAGCAUGCAUUUGUAUUCUGCUAACAUAACUGUGAGAUGGAUGCAUAUUGUAGUGAUACAUUCUAGUGAUUUGGUCUACAAAAAUGCAUUGCCAAAAAUCCUAAACUGGCAGCAAAGAAUUAAUAACUGACCACUGCUCUUGAGAUGUCAUUUUCUAGAAACUAUGGAAUAUUGUUUUAUAUGAAAAAGCUUGUUUUCCUGUCAUAAAGGCAUUGAUUAAAUAAACCUGUUUCUUGAAACAA